AUGGAGCGUUCAUCUCCCAGAAACCGGUGCCAUUUCCAGCGGAAAUCCCCCGAACCGGUCCAGACCCGAUCGAAAUCGUCCGUCAACUCCCACAGCAGCGCAUACACCGGCUUCAGACGAACGGCCAACGACAACCUGAUGAGGCUCAACUCGAACAUCAGCGAAAUGCUGUCGGAGAGCUUCAGGGGCAUCGAUUCCAUCUGCACCAAAGUCAGGGAGUGCAUCACGGACUUCAACGCCGCCGACGCCCUACAGGCGACCGUUUACAACGAAAGCUUCGCCGACGAGCCGUCGACGGAGCAGGCGCUGCGCAAGCAGCAGGAGGACCGACUCAAGUACGAGGAGCUGAAGGAGCGGUACCGGAGGUACCGCGCCCAACGGCGCCCCGACGGCGAUCCCUUCGAUUUCGCGAGGAAAAGCGACGCCGGUAACGAGCGCGGGUUCUCGUUCGGAGACGCUCCAGCUGUGGAAACCGUCCCGCAGGAAACCCGGCGAGUCGAGGAAGUCCCGGUCAAAUGCGAUCCGGAGGCGUCCAACGACGUCAAGGAGAAUUAUCGGGAGGAUUCGGUAGAAGAAAUCCUGGCGCUCGACGAUUUGCCGGAGUUACCGGAUGUGUUGGUCGGGGAAAAACCGGACGAGGAAGCCGCCGCGGAAAAACCGAGGAAAUCGAAAGGAAAAAGCGCCAAGAAGCGCGUGCGCAGGAGAUCGUUGGAGGAAUACGCGCAGGCGGUUAAAAAAGAGGCGCAAUUCGAGGAUUUUAAUUCGCUCAAAGCGGUGAUACAAGAUCUGACAGAGAGAAUCGAUUUGUUGAGCAACGAAACGUUGCCCGUUAAGUGCGAGGAAAAGCCGGAAAAUCGAUUCGAAACGACCCUGACGGAACAGCGACUGAACGAUGCUCGAGAAGAAGCGGCAGACGAAGAAGAAGACGAUGAGGACGAAGAAGAAGAAGAGAAAAAAAGCGCCAACGAUCCGGUGGUGUCGCUGAUGAAAAACAUCAGUAGACUUUUGGGAGCCAGCCUGGCCAAUGCCUUGGAUUCCAAAACUUCCCUACCCAACGAAUUUGCCAGGCUGGAAGCGCCGGAUCCCGACCAGGAGGAUCUCCUGUUGGAAGACGAAACGCAAAAGAAAUUCCUCUAUCUCGAGCAAUUGCUGGCCAAGCGCAAAAUGGACAACAUCAAAACCAAAAACUUGCUAAACGACGCAUCCGAUCGGGAAGUACCGGAAAGCUCCUACAGAAGCUCGAAUUUACGCAGCAGGUACUCCAACAGUUUGUACUUCAACGAAAAGACCAUGUUCAAAACGUCUUCGAAAGACAAUUUGAACGCCCAUCGAAAAUCGAAGAAAAUCAACUCGGUAUUGACCGUUUUGAACUACUCCAACGGCUCCAUCGAAAAAUUGAACGUCUCAGAAACGAAAACGAAACCGUCCAAGUACAAGAAACUGACCGAAAACAGGAAACCGAAGAACCGCAAUUUGGAAUACUACAAGCACAAAUUGGACAAAUUCGGCGGCGCCAAUUGGAAACAGAACUUGUACAAAUCGGGCGCCAUCGACAACGCCGGCAAAUCGUGUUCGGACGAAUUCGGCUUCGAACGCGAGGCGAGCCUCGUCAGUUUCCCCAACACCGAAUCGAGCAAGAGCGAGACCAGCGUGGAUUUCAAUCGGAAAUCGACCAAAUCGGGCCCCAAACGGGCCUACGGCGACGCCAAAACGGCGCACAGCGAUUACGAGGACGACAUUCGGAGCGACGAAAGCGAAAUAUCCGCCGAUCGAGUGCCGGUUUUUGGUGUUGCGAAUAGCGAAAACAAAUCGAAGGGCAAAGGGAAUUGGAUCAAAUCUAAAGACGUGCAAAUGCCCUUUACUCACUGGAAUCACCUGGAUAUUUUGGACGAUUUAACGCACAAGGAUUUGUUGCCUUUGUGCUCGGAGUAUCCGAGGAAAGACGUGUCGCUAGAGGAGAAAUCGCAGGAGCCCAACAAAGACAUUCAGAACACUUAUCUCUGGAAAAUGGUGUACGAGCAAGAAGAAAACGACAACGUCUGGAACAAACUAAUCCAACCCACCGUGGAGGGUGGCAAAAAUAAAUCCAACACCGGCGAACAUCCACAGGAUUCACCGGAUAACAAAACCUUCAAAAAACAAAAAUCCAAGAGGAGAACCAUCGAAAAACUCGCUCCCUACAUGUUCGAUCCCAAGGAGGAAUCGUCGCGCGCCAAUCAAUCGCUAAUUGUGAUGCCCAUCACCGUCCAAUACAGCAAUCCCCCGCAAAUUGUCAAGCACAACGUGAACGAGGAGCCCGACGUGUUGCCCAGCGUCGUGGGCACCUCUAGGCGCAUCAAAACCUCCAGAUUGGAGCAACAACAGGCCGCCAGGGAGGCUCUAUCGGACAGAGAAUGGAGCAAACAAAGGAAAACCAAAAAGAAAAACAAUGGAAACACGUCGAGUCCCAGAACGAACGAUAUUUUGAGGGAAGGAGCGAAUUUAUUGGCGAGUUCGAACGACGAAUGCGCGGAGUACAGGGAGAAAUUGACGCCCCAACAGACCGCCUACAAGAAGGCCAUCAUGCGAAAUUUGGUCAAGUUGAAGGAAUUGAAGUUGAAGGAGAAGCGCGAAGAGCGCAAAAUGGCCGGUAAAAUGUCUGCGCACCAACCGAAAAUCAACCCCGCUUGCGUGCCCCAUUACACGCAACCCACCAUCCAGAGCCAGAAUUACUUCCAACGGCCGAUCGUCCAGAAUCCGGAGAAGGAGCGGCACAGCGCUAGAAGAAAAUCGUUCGGCGACAGCAAGAGCGACUACGAGAGGAAAAUGUUGUCGUUUAAAUACUCGAAGAGCGUCGGAGAGAAACUGGUGUCGUUCGUCAACAACCAAUCGCCUCGACGGGAUUUGGAUACACGCCACAACACGGUCCCAACCAACGAUUCCCCUCGAAGCCCACCCGACUUGGACCCCAAAGACAUGGUGAUGCAGCUGCAGAACCUGAAGAAGGAGGACGGCUGCGUGUUGAGCAGCAUCCAGAAGGCCGUGGACGUCAUCGAGAACAAGAUGAUCGACCUGUUGGACGCGCCCAGCGAUUUGAAUUUCGACGCCUUCGACGUGAUGGAGAGCGAAAUCAAACAGGUCUUGGACAUCAUGAAGGUCGACGCCAGGAAUCCCGAACGUUUGGACGGCGAGUUGAAGCUGGAGGAGAACUUGCAGAAAAUGUCUAUGCAAUUGUUCAGCAAGUUGGAGAGUCUGUUGGAUUCGGGUUCCGAAUACAAAGAAGUCACUUCUGGUAGUGAAGUUGUAGAGGAAGCUAUACAGCUCGAAAGACCGUCAUCGAUGACUACUUUAGUGUCCGAAACGAAGCACCGCGAUUCCCGCCAACCCAAACGAAUCUCCCGCGUCCGAUCCGACGCGAAAACCGCCCCGAUCGCCGCGCCCUGCGACGUGGAAACCGCCAAAAUGGGCGAGGAAAUCGCCACCAACGAGCACAUCUUCGACCGACGGGAAGACGUCGACGCCGACGCGGGCGAUUUCGAACGCUUCGAACGACAUUCGAACGCCUUCGAUACACCGAAAGAGGAGGAACUCGGCGAAGAGGAGGCGUUUUGGGACACGGCCGAGCAACUGCAACGUUUAAACGACAUCCUGCAGGACACCGAUGAGCCCGAAUUCGCCCCGUUGCAACGCCAAUGCGCCACCACCAAUUUGGACACGGUCCGGCGUCCGGAUCCGCUGGUGCCCGACGAUCUCACCGAUUCGAUUAUGAACCUCAGAGACGGGCGAUCGAAGAAAACCGAAGAGGAUGAUGAUGAUGAAGAGGAUAAGGAGGAUUUGGGCAGCGACGUGGAAUCGAUCGAUUCCGACGAUUUUCUCACACCGUCGCACACGGAAUUCAACUACGUGUGUCGCGAUGACGAGUUUCUGACGCCUCCCGAAGAAGCCGCCGCCCAUUCGAUCGAUGUUCCUUCCAUAGAGACACCAGCAGAAGACGAAAACGAUGUAGAUGAAGACGAAGAGGAGGAUUUGUCGACGGUAAACGAAGCCAGUCGAGGUUCCGAUGGCAGUUCGAGCAAUUUCAGCGAUCAAGUCAACGAUAUGAUCAAAACCGUUGAAGAUAUUUACACUAGACUCGAUCGCAUUCAAAAACAUAAAAACCAGUGCGACGAGACUCCCGAAGGCGGCCGAAUGCAAUUAGUGAAACCAUAUCAAACCGCGGUGGUGGCUCUAGAACCGGCGCCGGCAUCGUACGAAAACGUGCUAAAUUUUUUAGAAUCGCUGAGCGACGGCGCUGCGACCGGAGAGGUACAUUCGGCUCGGUUUGUAACGCGCCUACGUUAUCUAACUAAGCCUAGUUGCCUGCGAACGAACGCCAACGGCGAGCCUAAGAAAAAGGUCUCUUUUUUAGUGACGCAGCGGCCCCGCGCAGCCCUCCAGCCGCCUUCGAUACGCCGAUCGUGGGGCGGACGAUCGCCCGCGAUCGGCGCAUUGAAGGCGUCGCCGUCGCUGCACAAUAUCCUGCGAUUCUUGGACGCUUUGAUCGAAAUCGGGGCCGAAGAGGAGACGACGCCGACGCGCCGGAGCGCCGCCAACGACCUAAAGAUCGUCGAAUUGGACGGGAACGACGGAACGGUUGACGAGAUUGGGUUGUCGGAAGAUUUGGGCGGUUCGCCGGCGGUUUUGUCGGAGACGUUCGAGGGUUUGGGUACAUCGGACGGUUCUUUCGGUUGUCUCGGAACGCCGGUCGUUUGCGAGAGAAUCUCACCCGUUGGGGGCCUGGUGACGACCGCGGGGUUUCUGGCGCGUUGCAAAAGCAAAGUCGUGGUGUUGAAAUCGCUCUACGCCUUCGUCUACCUAUUGGUUUUUACGGCGUUAAAUAUGGGAUAUAAGUGCUACUGA